CUCAGUGGCUGCACCUCCAAGGAUGCUCUCUGCUCUUUCCUUGGAACAAGCAAAGCUAAGCAUUAUCUUCCCAUCUCUUGAAGCCGUUCUUAGUUUAUUAUCUGUUUUAGAAUAAACAAAUAAUCUCAGAUCGUAUCUUUCUUAGUUGCUUGCUUUGCUUUGCUGAUCGGCCACAAAAUAUGAUUAUUGUAUGCAUCUUACCCGUGACUCAAUUUAAUGCCCCUCAACCCAUGUGAAUCUCUCUUCCUUAAAUACAUCCAUCUCCUACGAAAUAGAGAUCUUGUACACUACAAUGACAACCCAUCUCCCCAUUCCCUUCCUAAUCCUCCUCCUUCCCACGCUCCUCUCUGCUCCAUUUCCAGUACUCUCCGUCGAGCCAGUGCCCCCCAAGUCUUACAUCGAGAAACAAUGCGACGCCACUCGCUAUCCAACCCUUUGCGUCCAGUGCCUGUCGACCUUUGCAAACUCAACAGCUCAUCAGACCCCUGAGCACCUGGCACGGAUCGCUCUAUCAGUGAGCCUCUACAGGGCGAGGGUCACGAGAUCCUUCCUCAUCAAAGUGGUGCAGGAGCUCAAGUCGCUGAGACCCAGCAGGGAGCAUCUGGUGGUGCAGGACUGCCUGGAGCAGUUAGCCGAUGGGGUGAAUCAGCUCAGCAGGUCCAUCUUGGAGCUCCGUGGCUUGUGGAGAGGGAGAGGGGAAGCGUAUUGGCACGUCAGGAACAUCGAGAGCUGGAUCAGCGCUGCCCAGACGGACGCGUAUACGUGCUUGGAUGAGUUUCGUGGGAAGAAGAUGAGCAAACUAAGGGCGACGAUUAAGGCGAAGGUUAUGAAUGUGGCCGAGACUGCUAGCAAUGCCUUGGCGCUGUUUCAGCGCUUCGUUGCGGCUAGGUAUGGAGCUGGCCUCGUCUUCAACCGACAUCCUUAGAACAUCCCGGCAAUCCAUCUCAACACUUGUGGCUAGCUACUCUGCUUCUUUUUGUGUUUGUUUGAAUUGAGGUUCUCCGAAAAGCUUUGGCUUCUUUUAACAUACGUAGAACUUGUUAUUACAGCAUAUACUGGCUGGGGAAAAAAGUAGCUUUCUUUCUUUCUUUCUUUCUAACAGCUCAUCGGGUGUAAUUGUGUUUUGAUCUACAUAAAUAAAUAUUCUUUUCUGUCACCUAUCACCUAUGCAUACAAAUUACAAUAAUAAGUCAAAUCUUUUACCAUUGUGAAAAUCAUGGCUAUUUUUGUUCAUAAUGAAAAAUCUAGUCAUUUUAUCCAUAAUAUCUGUCAAUUAAUGGAGCAGUUAAUAGUUAACAGAUGAGGAUCCGGUGACUAAGGGGUGCUUAUUCACUUGACUAACCCCCUCUCAGCCCUUAGAUCUGAAUACAACAAUCUAAAGGUUAAAAAGUGGAAAGACCUAUUUAAUUAAUGACAGGGGUAAUUUGGGUAUUAUGGAAAAUUACGAAGCAUACAAACCGGACUUGCAAUCAGUACAAACCAUACAAACAUAAAAACAGUACAAAACAUAAUAGACAAAAAUGACAAACAAUACAAACCGAGUUGUCUGUAUACAUUACAAACCAGACUUACAAAUAUUACAAAAUAGAACGACAAACAUUACAAAACUCCCGCUGCCGUCGGAAAAUCUCGUCGGCGCCGAGGAAUUAUUGCCGGCGUCGGAAAAGAUCUCUCUCUCUCUAGUUGGGAGAAUUCCUUGGGAAAAAAUUGCCACCCUCCCCCUGGGAAAUGGUCACGAUGCCUGCAAAUUAUUUCCACGCCAUCGAAGAGAAGGAUCGGCCGGCGGGAGUGGGUCGAACCUCUCUGGAAAAAAUGGCCAGGCCGCCGGAGAAGGAAGCGGAUGCCAGCUACCGCGGCGGUAGUCAAGCGUCGGGCUGUAUUUUUAUUUAUAUUAAUUGGUAAAUAAAAAUUAAAUAAUCAAAUUACUACAUUGCCUUUCAUUAUAUUGGAUUAAUCAGGACCAUUGGAUUUUAAUGAGAUGAAAGAGUCGAUAUUCACUUAGUCACAUGAUUAAGGAACCCACCUAGUCACCUGAUCUUAGCCCAUAGUUAAUACUGCUGACUGUACUAAAGAAUAUGUUCACGUGGAGUUUUUGCACUGAUUUUGCUAGCUUGGAUUGAUAGAAUUGUUUUCAAUAAACUCAAAUAAGAAAAAGGACAAAUAAUAAUAAAGAACAAAUAUUAAUAAAAGCAAAGAUAGGAGGACAGAUCCAAUAACUUUUUAUUAUUUUCCCAUUUCGUUCUUUCUCAACGCAACUCAUCGACGAUUUGUGGAAAAUGAUCCGAAAAUUCUCUAUAUUUAGAUCUGAAUUUUUUGGGCCAAUUAAAUCUUAUGACUGAAAUUUGGUUACUCAUACUGACCGUAUCUGGAGCCGUAAAUAGGAGUGCAGUUUGGGGUCGUUGUUUCGCAAAACAAAGAAUCACUUUCCUAAUAGAGUUAGUAGAGCACGAAAUAUUUUGUUUCGAUUUAUGCACACAUUUGGGAGCUUUUUUUUACCACAGUAGAUGACUUCUCUAGAGGUGUAGGGGCCUUUCUAAUAAUGCAAUACGUAUUUA